AGAUACUGAUAAAAGCCAAUUGUAUUGGCAGCGCACACUUUUAGCAAGGAUUUUUUGUAUUCCGGAUAGUGGAUCCUUAAGGGUGUAUGUCUAUUUGACUACAUAGACAUACACAUUUUGGUCCUGGAUAUACAAUUGAUUUUUUCGGAUAAUAUUUACUCACUUACUGGAAUUUGUAAUUGAAAUUAUAAGGAUGAGGCUAAUUUGAAAGGGGGUUGUUGGAUAGUCAUACAUUUAUAUACAAAGGCGAUGAACUAGUGGUUUGUUCGGGUAGAUUACCAUUUUGGUAUUGAAGGAUGGCAUCGAUUAAAGGAGCUCGCAUGCCAUCGGGCUUAAUGGACUCUUCGUUCAAUACUGGUAUUAAGAAGCCUGUUGCUACUGCUGACCAGCUUGAUGGCCUAUACUUCCGUGAGAAGGAGGGUCCAAAACAUGGUAGCAUCGAUCUGGGCGACGUUGCCUAUGAGCUUUGUCAGCUAGAUGCCAGUUUGGAUGAAUUGUUCCGUGAAGCUGAUACCAGGUUUACCACUCAUCAACAAAUCCACAAGUUCCGCCUGAGGGUAUCACGACGCAUUAGUGCCUUUGCUGCUAUAUGCCGUAAGCUUCUGAAGUGCAUCGAGAUGUCUUCCUCAUCUCCCGAUGCACUGAAGCUGAAGAGCUUCCACAUGUUCUAUAUGGAACGGCUAAUGCGUCACAAGAUUAACCUGAGUGAAUGGUGGUCCCGCAAUGAACGCGACUACCAUUCCAUGUGUCUGUCAUCUUACGUCUCUGAGGCUGAGUCAGCCAGUCAACUGGAUGAGGAUAUAGAUUACGAUACAAGUGUUACUUCCAAUGAGUCAGAGCUUGUUCAAAAGUUGAAGGCCACGCGCAACAUGAUGUUGAAUCAAAUUAAGCAAAUGAACGACACAGAGUCCUCUAUGCUCAAGUCAUCCACGUACAUAUCACGGCAAGCGGAGAUACUCCAAGUGCUCAAACAACGCUUUGGUACUGCGAGGCAACUCUUCGUUAGUGUACGCAGAAAGACAAUACAUCGAUAUGGGACCGUAAGAGUUUGUUAUUUUGUGUUUCUAGGUGCCUGCGGAUUCAUUACCCUAAGGAGACUACGUAUAUUCAAGUAUAGUUACAUACUCACGCGUUUUGCGCUAACCGCACCGUUCAAGAUCGUUAACUUGCUACUACGCUUUAAACAUUAGACCGUGC